UCAUCUCCCCCUUUCUUCCUUUUUUUCGGCUUCUACUGAACGGACAUUUUGUUCUAGGGUUAGGGUUUGGCUAUUAACGUUUUUUAAGCUUGAUUAUUCUUCCCGGCUCUGGCCGGAGCCGAAGCAGCUAUUCACGACGGUGGCGGCUGUGCCGAUUGCAGUAAAGGAUGAGAUCGAGGACUAUUUUGAUCAAAUGCAGGGUCCUCUCAACAAGAGAUCGAAGCUAGCUGAGCUGGAUGAGCAGUUGGAAAGCAAGAUGGUCAUGCCAUCGGCACAUUACGAUCCACUUGAAGAGCCAAGUCCACUUGGUCUUCGGCUGAAAAAGAGUCCAUCUUUCUUGGAUUUAAUUCAAAUGAGGCUUUCUCAGGGAAAGCCGGUUUCAACGUCAUCUUUCACGGGCAGUAGCUUAGAAACUGUGAAAAACAAGGAAUUCGAUUCUGCCGCUCUUUCAAAUUCUGUUGACAAGAUGAAAGCCUCAAACUUUCCAGCUUCGAUUUUGAGGAUUGGAAAUUGGGAGUAUGUUUCGAGGUAUGAAGGUGAUUUAGUUGCAAAGUGUUACUUUGCGAAACAUAAGCUUGUAUGGGAGGUCCUUGAUGGCGGUCUAAAGAACAAGAUUGAAAUCCAAUGGUCAGAUAUAACUGCACUGAAAGCAACUUACCAAGAAAAUGGAUCUGAAAUAUUGGAUGUAAUGCUUGCUAGGAGACCACUUUUCUUCAGAGAGACCAAUCCUCAACCCAGAAAACACACACUUUGGCAGGCAACUUCAGAUUUUACUGGAGGCCAAGCAAGCAUUCAUAGGAGGCAUUUUCUGCAGUGUCAACAAGGCUUGUUAAAUAAGCAUUUUGAGAAACUUAUCCAAUGUGAUCCACGGUUAAAAUCUCUAAGUCUGCAACCAGAUAUCAUCUUGGAAUCUUCCUGCUUUGAACCCCCCUCGUGCUUGGAGGACAAAGAUGAAUCUAAAUGCCUUGGAUUUGAUAAGCUGAAGGAGAAUCAUGAAUCCUCUGCUGAAUUUCAUGAUCCUAAACCACUCUGUGCUAAGGCUGGAACAAGGAAUACUAUUGAUGCAGGUCUAGAUCUUGCAGCCAGACAAAUGAUUUUCCAUGAUUCAGGUAUUUAUAGAGAAAACACAUCAUUAAGCAAUCAACCUGUGCAGUUGGAACAGCUUAAAGUACCAGAACUUAAAGCUUCCAUGUCGAAAGAUGAUUUAGUGAGCCAUUUAGAACACUGCAUUUCUGAACAGAUGGCUUCAGGCAACCCAGUUUUCUCAGCUGAUUGCUUGCUAAACAAAGAAACAUUAGAGGAAUGGGCUGAUUAUUUUCUCACAGAUUCUCAAAGUUUUGAUUUUGAUGAAAAUUCUCUCUUAUCAAAAGUAAACUCGUUAAACCGUCUUCUUCAGAAGGAUCCCUCGAAUGAAAACCUGCAGUCAGCUUCCAUUGCAGGCAUGGAAGAUCGCCAAGAUUUCAUUGAAGAUGAUUCAAAGCAACUGCAGAGGAAAAAAGUCUUUGAUGACCCACAGCCUUGUGGUAUUUCAAGAAAGGAUUCCAUAGGCGAUUUUCUGAUGAAUUUUCCUCGAAUUGGUUCCAUACCACAGUAUUUGCAUCUUUUUAGUAUAGAAGAAGACAAUGAUAACCAAGCCAUCUUUUAAAUACCAACAAUGGCAUCUCAAUCUUUGUAAAGCCUGCUGAGUGUUGAUGAGAUGUUGUUGGGUCUAUAAUGUCAAUAUUUUGGGAUAUUUGGACUUGCACCAUUAAACUAAAUUCCAUCAAGCUUUUAUUGGAUUGUUGUUAAGUUGGUGCAA